AUGCCACUGCAGAAGGCACCUCCGCAGUCUGCCUUCUCCGCCGAUAAGCCACUGCUAACAUACCGGCAAACAAUUCGAGAACGCCGAAGGACACUUCAGACAAUUAGUGAACUUUCGACCCAAAACGUGGAGCCAUCAGAAUGUGACUGGAGAACCUCAGGGCAAAGUAACAAUACCAGCUCGCGCGGCACUGAUGGUGUCAUUACAAGCAUUGAGAGCACCAAACGCAACCGAAGAAGAAGUCUCCCACAGCACGGCGCCAGAUUCGAGAACGACCUUAAUACCAAACCUUCAAUAUUGGUGACUCCGGCGGAUGCUCCAUUCCUACGCCGCUCGUUAACGGACCCUAUAGACUGCACCCGUGGCAGCCGUCACCAAUCGAGUGGAGAAUUAUUCACGCCUCGCAAUGACCUGAGCAGACUCUCGGUCGGUUCUUUCUGCAGCUUCCAUUCACAGGACCCGCCACUGCCGCCAGUCGCUGAAGGAAGCUCUGUCGGGCUAAAAAAUUCACACCCCUAUAUAGAUGUUCCCACUGCACAGGUUAAUAGAAUGGGAUCCAAGGGGAAGCAACCGAUGAAAAUGCGAGACGGGAGCGGGGCUUAUGGUCUGGGCCAAGGAUGGAAGGCUAGGAGAGAAAGAGAGAGCGUGGAAAUGGAGCAGGCAGUCGUAGAAGCAAAAGCUCGCCGGGAAAGAGACGGUCGAGGCAUCGUAGUUGGAAGUUCCUCUAGGCUACCUGCAAUGUCUCCCCUUCCUAUCGCAAACGUCAAGGACAGCCACAGUAGGAUCCAAGCCAGCCACCAGCAGUCGCUCGAAAAUCUUCGAGCAAUGAACAACAAUCGUACCCCCCUACCACUUGAUAGAAGAACCAGCUACAGCCAGAUCGUUCCGAUGCAUCAGAACGGCAUUAAAAGAACUGGCUCGGCAGCAUCCACAACGCGGCUAGCAAAUCCCGAUCCGGCGUACCAGCCAGUGCCACAGCUUUUGAAAUCAUCCGCAAGACGCUCACUUAGAAGUCCUAUUGCGCAAGAGCCGCACCGACCAAACCCAACACGAUCCUCUAGCUCAUUGAGACCUUCCCCGGUCUCAACGACAGGCUCAUCCUCGAUGCAGUCGAGCGUCUCAAGCAAUCCCCACAGAACGCAUCAAUCUUCAAGGACCUCUACAUCCUAUUUUAAGCCUACUGGAACGUCCGCUCCUCGCCAUAGUCAGCAAUAUGUCGCCAAAGGACGUUCGAUACCCUUUCCCGCUCUCACAAACAGUAUGCCUCAAACCAAUCAUCACAUUUCUUCCGCGACGCAGCAGACAGUUCAGGACCCGCGCGCCAGGCGGGGAAGUCAAGCCUCGCAAAGUUCAAAUCGCCAUUCCUUAGCAUCACAACGAUCACGUUCGCAAUCUCAUCUAGGCUCCCAGCCUUCCAUUGCCCACUUUCACGCAAUCAGCAAUGCCAGCACGAUUAUCUACGAUGAGAACCCUGAUAAGAGGGGCAUGGAUGUGCCGAGGAUGGAGAGCGUACGACUGUUGAGAGAGAGGGAGAAGUUGGUUAGAUGGAAAGCAGAAAGAGAAAAGGCGGAAUUCGAGAGGACGGAAAGAGCGAAGAUCAGAGAACGGGUUAGGCGCGCUAAUGAGCUUGAAGAGGAGAAGGAGAAAGAGUUGGCUAAGCAGAUGAAGAAAAAGAAGAGUUGGCUUUGUGGGUUGCUCAGGAGUAGGGCUUAG